AUGGCAACAAUAAUAUCAAAGCCUGACCAGAGCUGCGUGCCGAGGAGUCUCGAAGGCAGCUGUACACUGCUCCUGGGGCAGCUGCAGCAAGACGUGAUCUCGUUGCUGAACUUGGGCGAUUGUGGAAUAAUGGCAUUAAGGCCUUGUUCCAUCCUGCCCAGAUUUCACGGUGGCACCGUGAAAACGAGUAUGCGCCUGAUAUACAGGUCGACACCAAUGCUCCAUCGCACGAACAUGCCCCUGCAGCUGAGCGCGCAGGAUCCGGAUGUUUCCAGCCUCACUGACUACUUCGACCUGGUCACGUGCGCAACAGCCUUCCUCGCAGCCUCUUGGAGAAAUCCGGAGGCCGAAAUGUCCGAAAAAGGCUAUCCGAAGCAAGUUUACAGCGACCCACCCAAAAUCGACUUGGUGUGGCUGCCAUGCGGGGCUCCUCCGCAGGCAGCCCUCACUUCCGAGUCCGCUUCCUUGGAUCUGCCGCUGAACGAUGGUGCGACGCCCCAAAGACGGAAGGCCAGCUCCCUCCAUGGGCUCAGCAACGCCGCUGAAGACAGCCUCCUGAAGGCUCAGCAGCAGUUUUGGUGCCAACAGCUCAAGCUCCAUGACCAGAUAGAGGAUUUAAAGCCUUUGUAUGCAAAGCUGUGGCUAAAAGCGAUCGACGAGGAGGAGACGCAGGUUGCGCAGCAAGUGCGGCUUGAAACAGGAGCCGCUGUGAAGACGGAUGAAGGUGCGGAAAGGAAGGACUCCGGGGAGGAUGAGACGGAGGAGGAUGGUUCAGACGACACUGAGGAAGGCGACGAAAGCGAACAGUCCGACGGGGACUUGUGGGAUGCGCACCAAGGCACAAAGUGGCAAAGCGCAUCACCCGUCGACGGACCGUUAGAUGCCGCAGCGUUUGAGCAGCAGCGUGCAAGGCGUGACAGCGAUGCCAGCUCGGUCCUCUCCGCCAGGGAUCAAGUUUUCAAGAAGCUGCAGAAGAUACUCACUGCAAAAGCCCGGAGAAAAUCACGCCGGACUUGCAACAUAUUCUUGGUCUCUCCCGUUGAGGGUGAGAAUGCAUCUUUAGUUCUGCCAGGCUUCAGCCCGAGCGAAGUCUUUGGGCCAGCGGAUGUUGAACGAAUGAAGCAAGUACGCGACUCCCCGCCGAAGCAGUGUCCAGGCCCCGACGGCCUUCGAAUGCUCAAAGAGUUGGUUGCCGAGAUCAAGAAGGUCGAAGCUGCGAGUGAGUCUGCUUCGAUUUACAUCGGUGGUGCUUCGAUGCAGGCCGAGCAGGCUUGA